AUGUCUAAUCUGAACUUCCAACAACCGAUUAUUUCGCAUGUGUAUUGGGACCUGGUAGCCUCGAGUCUGCGAUCGAAGACGGAACUGAUCCUGGUCCAUUUACCGUUCAGCUUACUACAUGCUUACCUGGUCUUCCUCCUCGUCUUGAGUGCAUUCACUGCCUUUGGGGUCGAUAGGGCUGAUCAUAAGGCCGGUCCGAUCACCCAAGCACUCGUCAUCAUCGCCCUCUUGUUACUUGCCUCUACUGGGGUCGGUUAUACUAUACACAGUGAUCAAGGAGACGUAGCCGGCGCAAUCGUCAUCGCAAUCGAGCUUGUUGGCGUCUUCACUCGUCAAACUGAUCCCGAGAGUAUCCAUUGGGUUGCCUUUGCAGCCUUUAUCGCUACCCUCCUAGCGAUCAUCAAAGCAUUCUACUCUUCGUUCAGGGGAGGUAGGAUUCGUCUUACAGAUUCCGAACGUGCACCUUUGAUCGCUUAA